UUUGCAAUUCAACAGCACUGCGGAAGCGGAGAAAAUUCGUCACCUCAGCGGGACGGGCCUAACAAUAAGCCUUAGCGUAGUAAUAUCGACUUCACCGCCCUCGAUAUAUAUAGUAUAUAUGCGAUAUUCGUCGUAAGGAAACGAAAUCGGAAAAAUUGCGAUUGUGGCUGUCCCGUUAAGUUGCCAACCCCCACAGCCAGCGGCAAUUGCACAUAAGUUGCAACAAGCAAAAUAACAACAACAACCAAAAAAAAAAAAAACCUUACAAAAAAGGUAGAAAAAAAGGGGUAAAAAUAAACAACACAACAUUGUAAGCAGGCUGAAAGGCGUUGCCAGAUUGUUGGCCAACAACAGCUAUAGCAACAGCAACAACAACAACAGCGACAAGAACAACAACCACAACAGCCAACAACACAACGCCACAACAAUCGCCUGGAGGGCCAAAGCCAAAUGAACGUUGUUGGCUAGUCCGCUUGUCGCCCGCUUGGUGGCGCUGCUGGCUGAACUAGCAGCAACUAGCAACAAAAACAACAAGAACAACGUGCUGCGUGCUGCCGCUGGAAAUCCUGUCGCUAAUUAGUGGUUCGCGUCUUGUGCGCCUAUGCAGACACAAAGCGAUAAAGGAUUCCAUUGAACUGGCUGCCGAGUUAUAUUUGUUGUCGUAACAUGGGCUGCGUCUUUGAAGCGGCCAAAGAGCAGCCCCACAAACCGAGAAGCAAGCAACCGAGGCGCAACCAAUGCCGUGGCAAGGCAUCAACGGCAACGACAACGGCAACGGGGAGCCAGGGAGGCAAGGCCGCCGUCAGAGGAGCAGGCGACAAACCAGCUGAGGACAUCAAAAUCAAGGAUAACUAUCAACAAAGCCAUAAAACGCAAACGCAAACGCAAACCGAAACACAAACAGAAGUAGAAAUAGUAAUAGAAAUAGAAACUGAAACUGAAACAGAAACAGAAGGAGCAGGAGCAGCAGCAGAACUAGAAGAAGGAGCCCAAAUCCCAACCCAAACCAAAAAUCAAACACAAUCAGAGGCAGAAGCAGAAACUGUGGCCGACCAUCGAAAAGCGACGGCUCAAGUGCUUUUAACGUUGCGCCGGGAGGAGAACAACGGGCGGGGUGUUCAAGUGGCUCAAACGCACAAGGACGAAGGCGAGGACGCGUUGGCGACACAAGGAUCCAUUGUCGAUACAACGACGACGGCCAGAAUUGGAAUCAAUAUUGCGGCAGCAAGCGAGCGAUUCGAUGGGAACGAUGAGCGGCAGCGGCAGCAUCCACAUCCACAUGUCCGCCGGCGGAGGCGCCACCCGUCGGAUCCUGCGAGCCAAGUCCCAGCGAUUUCUGGCAUCUCGGCACUCUCCCUGCACUUUCACGCCAUCGCCGCUUUAGCGAAAACGCUGCAGCUGAAACAGGAGUGCCGGGAUCACCAGGACUGCCACGAUCGCCAGCCAGGUUCGUUAGCCUACCGCUCGUGGCAAGGCAAUGCGUACGCGGAGAGCCAAAUGCCCGCCACAAUGUCGGCGGCCCUCAUCGCGAACGUCGGUGCAACGGCGGCGGCAACCUCGGCGGCCGCCUUCCAGUAUCUCGGCCAGCACUACAAGCACUACAGCCAGUCGAUCAGCUUCUACGCCGCCUCCAGCGUCAUCCUGAUGCUGUGCUACCUGACCACCGCCUCUGCGGCGGCUGCCACGCAGGCGGAGGCGGGUGCCCUCGACAAGCAUCCCAUUCAUGGCAUCGAUUGGUCGAAAUUCGACGAGUCCAGUUCGGAUAAGGAGAUAUUAGAUUUACUGCUUGAAAAGAAGCGAUACGAUAAACGAUUACUGCCGCCUGUAAAUGAUGAAGACUUUUGCUGUGGUUUGCAAUCGCCCGAUAUGGCAACUAAUCAAAAUGCACGGAGACCACAUAAUCGCGGCACUCUGACGGUGAACGUGAACGUGCUGCUCCUGAGCUUAGCAUCGCCCGACGAAAGCAGUUUGAAAUACGAGGUGGAAUUUCUGCUCAACCAGCAGUGGAACGAUCCUCGACUGCAAUAUGGCAAUAAGUCUCAUUACGACUUCUUGAAUGCCCUGCAUCAUCAUGAUAGCAUCUGGACGCCGGAUACGUAUUUCAUUAUGCAUGGCGACUUCAAGGAUCCCAUCAUACCAAUGCAUUUCGCUUUAAGAAUAUUUCGGAACGGGACCAUUACGUACGCAAUGAGACGUCACCUAAUUUUAUCCUGCCAGGGAAGUCUUCACAUAUUUCCAUUCGACGAUCCAAAGUGUUCCUUCUCCAUGGAGAGCAUUUCCUAUGAGGAGGCGCAAAUCAAGUACGUCUGGAAAAACGAUGAGGACACCCUGAGGAAAAGCCCUUCGCUGACCACAUUAAACGCCUACUUGAUCAAGAAUCAGACGACGGCCUGCGAUCAGAACAGCUGGAGAGGGAACUACAGCUGUCUUAGGGUCGAUUUAAUCUUUACCAGAGAUCGUGCAUUCUAUUUCACCACCGUUUUUAUACCCGGCAUUAUAUUGGUGACGUCAUCCUUUAUAACUUUCUGGCUAGAAUGGAAUGCCGUGCCAGCUAGAUCGAUGAUAGGCGUGACAACAAUGCUGAAUUUCUUCACUACCUCGAACGGUUUCCGGAGCACUCUGCCGGUUGUUUCUAAUUUGACGGCGAUGAACGUGUGGGACGGCGUGUGCAUGUGCUUCAUCUACGCCUCCCUGCUGGAGUUCGUCUGCGUCAAUUAUGUGGGGCGAAAGCGGCCCCUGCACAACGUCGUCUAUCGUCCCGGCGAGAAUCCCGUAACACAGCGUCUUCCAGCAGUACUAAGCAGGAUCGGAGUAAUUCUUGCAAGUCCUUUGGCAAGUGCCGCUGCCACGCCGGCCAUGUCGAUGAUGGGCGGUGCCACGCCCAUGUCCGGUGGCACACCGGCCGCCUCCUCCUCGGUGGCCACGGCCACGCCCGGAACCCCAAGGACCGCCGAUCCGGAGGAGUUCUUCGGCGGCGGAAUGCGAUGGCAGGAGGCGCACGGCGGCAUCAUUGGAGCUGCGGUUCAAAACUUGCGGGCACGCUCGAUAAAACGGAAGGCGGCCAGAAGUCCCUCCACCUCCAUAUCGCCCAAUCCCAGUGGCAAAGCCACUGAGCACAUAUACGAAGAGCCCGCCUCCAGUGCCACCAACACCAAGGUGAAGUUCAAGGACGAGUUGAAGGAGGAGCCGGAGUCCCUGGCCCUCCGUCGAUCGGUGGCCACCAGUACACCGGCCCUGGUCGUGAGGAUCGAGGCCGAAACCGAUCAGGAUGGGGAAGCGAAACCCCAGCAGGAUAUGGAAAUGACCGAGAGGCAGUUGUCCUUGCCACAGAAACCGCCGCGCAGGAAGCCUUCACGCUCCAAUUCACCAGCAUCCAUUUACAGCGAUGCCUUCGAGACUGCGGAAACUACAGGCGAAAAGCGACGCGACGCCGGGGCACCGAAUGAAAUUGUGGCAUGCACCACCUGCGGCGGCAGCAACAGUCCGUGCACCCAUUCGGCGAAUAAUGGCUGUGCCACGGAGACCUGCUUCGUUCAAGUGAGGAAAAAAGAGCCACCACAUCCAAUUCGCGUGGCCAAGACGAUCGAUGUCAUCGCUAGAAUUACAUUUCCAACUGCUUAUGCCAUUUUUCUGAUAUUCUUCUUUGUACACUAUAAAGGAUUUUCGUAAAAUUAAGCAAAACCACUAACAAAUAAUGCAUAAACAUACAUAUAUAGAUACUUGAACACGCUAAAUUGCCGAAGCAAAGCCAGAAGUGCAGAAUGCAUUAUUCGUAAAGUAAUUUGUAGAGAAACAUGCAAACCGGACAUGGAAACUCGUUUGCUAAUUUCUAGGGCCUUGCAAAGUCAUCUAAUUUUAAUGUAACAAAGGGAAACACAAAGUACAUCUAAUUACUCAUUAACGAUUAUUUAAAUGGCAACAUGACAAAACCAGUGAUAAAAACGUCAAAAGGAAAAAUUAGUUUAAACUGAGUUGUUAACGGGGAUAAAACAAAAUGAAUAAGUUGUUAAUAAUUAAUAUUUACGAAAGUUAAAUUUAUGCAAAUGAGCAAACAUACGAAAGAAACAUUUUCGACUGCCUUUUUUAAAAAUAGUAGAAACAAACAAAAAAAAACCAAAAAAAAUACUUUAAAUUAAAUUUGCAAAUUUUUGCAUAUGCUCGAAAAUGCAUUAGUUAAUUAUACCAACCAAAGAAACACUGUCUAGCAAUUGUAAUAUAUAAUAUUUAAACAAUUUAUUAAGCAAAGAAAUUAAUGCUGAAAGUACCAAAAACAAACACGAUCCAAGAAGAUAAAAAGACCUAGCCUAUAAUUAUGAAAUAUGAAACGCAAACCAAACAGCUUUAAGGCUUUACCUAUUUGAGUAGUCGAAAGGAUGCAAACUGUUUAUACACACACACAUAGAUGUUAUAUAUUUACAAACAGCUCUAGUCAAAUAUUAAGAAAUUAAAACCCAGUUUUGUUCUAAUUCAUUCGAUGAGUUGAACCGCCUCCUCAAAUGUCAAAGAGUAAACAAACAGAUUAAACCAAUUGUUAAUCACCACACCGAUUUUACGUUAUGCUACACUGUAUAUAAUAUUUAUUUAAAUGUUUAGUUAAAUUCUGUUUAUUUUUGAAUAAAUGUUCAAUUGAUAAAAUAAAAAUUAACUCAAUUGCA